AUGGAGGGCGGUGGCGCUGGCGGGGAGGCGGAGGCGGACGCGCUGGAGUACACGCCGACGUGGAUCGUCGCCGGGGUCUGCUCCCUCAUCGUGACCAUCUCCCUCGCCGCCGAACGAUGCCUCCAUUACCUCGGCAAGACGCUCAAGAGGAAGCACCAGAAGGCGCUCUUCGAGGCCCUCCUCAAGGUGAAAGAAGAGCUGAUGCUUCUGGGGUUCAUCUCUCUGCUGAUGACGGUGUCGCAAGAUGUGAUCCAGAUGACAUGCAUUCCUCCCAGCUGGACCAACUACCUGCUUCCCUGCAAGAAGAUGGAGGAGCAUUCUGUUGCCGAUCUCGGCGGUCGCAGGCUGCUUCCUAGGAAUGCGCCGCGGUCCGACCAUUGCAGAAACAAGGGAAAAGUUCCUUUGCUGUCGCUCGAAGCGUUACAUCAGUUGCAUAUUUUCAUUUUUGUUCUGGCCAUCACCCAUGUGAUUUUCAGUGUUCUGACCAUGGUUUUAGGAGGAGCCAAGAUUCGCCAAUGGAAACAAUGGGAGACUGAAAUUCAUAAAAACGAUGCAGGAAACGGACCUAAGAAGUUGACCAACGUUCAACAAUUUGAAUUUAUCAGGGAACGUUUUAAUGGUGUUGGCAUGGAGUCUACGAUGUUGAGCUGGAUGCAUUCUUUUGUUAAGCAGUUUUAUGCAUCGGUCACUAAAUCAGACUACGCGACCAUGCGACUCGGUUUCAUCAUGACGCAUUGCCGAGGAAACCCGAAAUUUGGCUUUCACAGAUACAUGGUGCGAGCUCUGGAGGCCGAUUUCAAGAAGGUGGUUGGCAUAAGGUGGUACCUGUGGAUAUUCGUUGUGAUAUUCAUGCUGCUGAACGUCAAUGGCUGGCACACCUACUUCUGGAUCUCCUUCCUUCCUCUCAUCCUGCUGCUGGCCGUGGGCACGAAGCUGGAGCACGUGAUAGCUCAGCUGGCGUACGACGUCGCGGAGAAGCACUCGGCGAUCGAGGGCGACCUGGUGGUGAACCCGUCGGACGAGCACUUCUGGUGCGGCAAGCCCAGGGUGAUCCUCUACCUGAUCCACUUCAUCCUCUUCCAGAACGCCUUCGAGAUCGCGCUCUUCUUCUGGAUCCUUACCACCUACGGCUUCAACUCGUGCAUCAUGGACCACGUCCCCUUCAUCGUGCCGAGGCUCGUCAUCGGGGUCGUCAUCCAGCUGCUGUGCAGCUACAGCACCCUGCCGCUGUACGCGAUCGUGACGCAGAUGGGGACCUUCUUCAAGAAGGAGAUCUUCGACGAGCACAUCCAGCAGGGGCUGGUGGGGUGGGCGCAGAAGGCCAGGAUGAGGACAGAGCUAUCCAAGGAUGCUGCCGCGGCCGGACCGACCAGGCACGGCCCGUCCUCCCGGCUGGAGAUGCUGCGGCGAGCCGCCGCCAUGAUGCAGUGCCGCCGCGCGCUGCCAAGGUAG